GAGAUAUUCGCUGUCCAAUAAUUAAUAUAAAUAGUUACUAGGUGUACAUGACGUUAUAACCUCGGCAUCUCAUAGCUGUGGACCAUAUAAAAAAAAAAAACGCGUCGAUAUCACUUUUACUACAAAACUUAUCUUUUCGAUCGCUAAAAAUUGCUAUUACAUUGUUACAUCUUUUUUAAAAACUUCAGCAUAUCAUAUCAUAAGAAAUAAUUUGAAGUACAACUUGUUUAAAAUUGCACUAUAUAAAAAGCGCUUUUUAAUUAUUACUGUUGUUAAUUUUGAUGAUAUGUUUGAUAUUCUCAUAAUUAGACAUCGUCUUCAAUUUUCGUGAAAAAAAGAUUUUGAAAUUUCACUAUAUUUUACAUGGCUCAAAAAGAAUUUUUUUUUUUUAUGUACAAUUGUUUUCAGAUAUUACAUUGUAUUUCCAAGCUAUAUAAUCUGCCAGUGACAGUACAACAUCUUCAAGAGACAGGAGUAGGAAGGACUGUGAAUAGUUUCAGAAAAUAUGAUGGUAGUGUAGGUGAUGCUUCUAAGGCUUUAGUUUACAAAUGGAAAAGAAUGGUAGCAGAUGAAGAUAGCAGUGAUGGAGAAGAUGAGGAUGAAACUUGUGUACCUGAUGUUCACGAAAGUUACACUGAUAACCAAGAAUCACCAAAGCUAGAAGAUAUAGGGGAGAACAGCUCAUUGUCUGAUCAAGCAUCAAACUUAAAACAUGUGUAUAAGGAAAACAAAAGUGAGCCAUCUACAAAACACAAUAUAAUACAUUCAUCCAAGUCAAAAUCCGAGGAAAAGCAUGAAAAAAGUGGACACUCUUCCAAACAUCGUUCACAGAGUGAAAAGAAGUCUAAGGAAUCAAAAAACAGUAAAAGUAGCCUAAAAGAAGAAGCCCACAGUUCAACAAAUGAUUAUCCUAGUGGCAAUGAUAAUCCAAAAAAAAUGAGUGACAAGAUGGCUGAAAUUAAUGAAGAUAAUAACAGAAAGAGAAAAGUAGAUAACUCAAAUUCCUCGAUAAAAGAAAACAAGAAGAGAAAACUGUCAAAUAGCAAAAUUGAUGAUGAGAAAUCUGAAUUAUCCAUUUCAGAAAAGAAUCAUUCCCAUCCAAAAUCUUCUGGAAUUGAGAUAGAGGUAAAAAUUAAAGCAAAAGAUGAACAGUCUUUAGCAAGUGAAAAAAACAAACAAGAUGAUAAACAGAAAAAAUAUUUGCAGGAGAAGUCCAGGAGUAGUUCUAAUAAGCUUAAAUCUGACGAAUCAGGCAGUAAAGCAAAGGACAAUAGUGAAAAACAAAAACAUAAAACAAAAGAACAUGCAAGUCAUAAUAAACAUGAUAAAAAAAAGGAUUCCAGUCAUCAUUCUAGCAAAGAAACUUCCAAGUCAAGAGUUAGUUCCUCUAGUAAUAAGGAUCCUGUUAAGAGUAAAGAUGGGGACAAGAAAAAGGAGCACAAAGAGGAUAAGAAUAAACAUGAGAAGAAAAAAGAAACAAAGAUUAGGUUAAUGCAGGAAAUAAAAGGCGAUGAAGGAAUAGAUUGCAAUUCUGGUGUGUUGAAGAAAUGAUUUGUAUCAAUUAUUCAUUUGUUUAUAAUAGUUUUACUAUGUCAAGAAAUGUAAAAUGCGCAAUUUUUGUUAUAUUAUGGUCGAUCUUGACUGAUUCGACAAAUUUUUGAGAUAAUAUGCUAAAUGAAGGCAAGCAAUUCAAGAUCUCUUUUUUUUUUAGUUUAUUUUUUUAUAUUUAUUUCAAACCUUAUUUCUAAUUGCACAAAAUAGAUUAUGAUAUCAAUUAAUAUUUUGUUUUUUCAAGAUAUAAAAUUAUAGAUUAUAAAUUCAAACACUAUAUUGCAAUAUUUCAAAUCUCAUUAAUGGUAAUGUAUGAUACACACAUACACAACACAUACACACAUACAUAUAUAUAUACACACAAACAUAACAUACAUAUAUUAUGAUUAAUUAUAGUUUUUAUAAAUAUAGAAACUUAUGUUUCAUAUUAUUUAGCAUGUUGUUGCCCUCCCCAGAAGUUAUAAGAAAUAUAUUUUUACAUGCAAACUAUGCAUCUAAGAAAUACUGCCUUCAAAGUUGAUAACACAUAAAUAAAAUAUGUAAAUUGAUAAGCACAUGUUCAAUUUUUAAUUAUGAUUUGCAACAACUUUUAUAUGAGAAG